AUGGACGAGAAAUGCGAUGCCACAGAACUUAGCCGGCCAGACGAGCCGGUGGGACACGGAGAGUACAUAAGGCCGCAGGUACGCAAGCUGUAUGACCCACAUGUUUCCUUCGAGGAGUAUCUCUACUAUACGCAGAAGACGAGAGAGGAGCAGGAUUCCCUCGACGCUCCAAAACUCCGAUUGUGCGACCUUCUCUCGCGGACUUCCACCGACCUCAGACCCGCGGAAAUCCCUCAUUGA